AUGCAACUCCGUAUCUCACUCACCCUCUUCACCCCAAAUCCGACCCCUCCGGUCUUGCAAGUGUGCCGCGAGUCCCGCGGGGAGCUGAUGAGGGCCGGCUAUACAGCGGCUGGCUCUAAACUCGCCCCCGUUAACCAGUUCGAAGGAGAUACUGGGCAGCGCCGCUAUGUGUGGAUCAAUUGGGAGAUCGACACCCUCGACACCAGGGAGUUGAGGUGGAACAGUGGUUUUGAUUGCGAAUUUCCCAGUUAUGCCUCCUUCGCACCCCUUGUGAAGCAUCUCAAGUUUUCAAUACCAGGUGGUCCAAUGUGCGCAGCUGAAAUCAAAUACCUUUGGAAACUAAGUGCUUUCGAGAAGGUGAAAACGAUCUGCACCACCUGCUAUGAAGCGAGUGAGUUUAGGUUGGCGCCUGUGUGCUACGAUCCCUUAUGGCCUUGCGGCGCCGAAAAUGCGGUGGUAUGCCAUACCACGUGGCCCCCGAAUCAGUGGGGGAAAGUUGAGGAAAUUAGCCUGCUGGAUUUGAGAGCCAAGGGGUACCGCAUGCCUGAUAUCAAUGACGUGAACAUGGAGACAACGAUGAGGGCAUCAAAGAGUGGUGGGAGUAAUGGUUGA